UCCCCAUCAACUGCGGAGAAUAACAACGUUCGGAAGCGGAUUUUUUUUUUUACUAUCUUAAACCCCAUCUUUUAUCAUAAACAGAUGAUGGAUAUUGGUGUUGUGUAAUAUGAUGGCUCUUACGGGAGACGAAGACAUACCUCAGAAGAAGGUUGUCUUACCAAAGGCUCUUCAUGAUCUGGAGAAAGUUGGUGACCUUCCCAAGAAACAGGAGAGAUGGAAUACGAAUGAGGAGAUUGCAUUCUGGUUGACCCAGUUUGACAAGCAUAAUCAAUGGCUAGCAUCGACGGUGAAGAUCAGGGCGGAGAGUGGGAGUUUGUUCCUGUACAAUCGGAAGAAGGUCAAAUACAGGAACGAUGGAUACCUAUGGAAGAAAAGAAAAGAUUGCAAGACAACAAGGGAGGAUCACAUGAAACUCAAAAUCAAAGGAGUGGAUUGUCUCUAUGGAAACUACGUUCACUCGGCCAUCAUCCCGACAUUUCACAGGAGAUGCUACUGGCUUCUACAGAACCCUGACAUCAUCCUUGUUCAUUACCUGAAUGUCCCGGUCACCGAGGAUCGUAAGCUGACCUUGGAAUCCUUGACCAAUGGCUCUUUGAUUGACUUGCCACAGCAUGAUGGUUCCAACUGGUCAACAGAAGACCUCAUCAAGCAGAUCACUCCAAUGUUACAUGGAUACCAGAUACAGCUCAAUGGAUCCCAAGAGCUAACACCCUCUGACUCUGCUGAAGUGAUAGCCAAGUAUCUCUUGCAUGGGCACCGUCAGGAUAACAACAGUGAUUCUAGGAACUGUAGCUGUUUAGACUGUACAACGCUCAGGAUCAUGGCCCAAGUUCCACCCAGUCCUGCAGGUUCUUGUAGCAGCCAGUCUUCAUCCAUCGCAUCCACCAGCCACGGGUCUAUCCAUUUUGUGGACAACACCACCAAGCCAUGCAGCAACCACAAUACGUUGUCCAACGCCGUGUCAAACAAGGUGAAGAUGGACGACAGUGGCAACAUCAACUUGUUGAUUGUGGUAGCGAACCAAAACAAUGCUGGCAACAAACUCCAGGUGAAGAGUGUUGCUCCUGUGGACUCUUCGCAGAAUAUAUCUGAGGUCCUCAAAGGACUUGGCAAUGUGCAAUGUGUGUCUGAUGUCACAGCGAACAGUAGGGCUUCAUCUGAGGUCAAUGCCGAAGCAAGCAGAAAUGAAAUAAAUGGACAUUUUCACAAUCAAUCGUUUAUGUCUUCACCGAUGACCCCUAACGGCUCGCAAGGAAGAGUUCCUUUUACGGCCCACCAAUUACAGGCCUGUGAUCCCCAAUGCUCGGCUUUUCAAGAGAACCCCAAUGUAGUGAACCAGAUGCCUUCAUUUAUUCACCAAGGUAAUGGACCACAUAUAUGCCAUCAACAAAAGCUCCAAGAGCAGCAGAGACAUUCCACAGGACAACCUAUCAGACAGCAGUCCUCAGAACAAGCUGGGACACAGGCUUCUCUGCCAGGACCCUCGCACCAAGGUCGAAGCAUCCUUAGGUCUCCUCAGUUGAUAGUGUCAUCACCGCAAUUGUUCCCGAGUCAGCAAGCGCAUCAGGUGCCACAGCUCUUGUCAACUGGAAGUCAACAGUGCAAUCCUUUCAAUUUAUCCAGAGAUACAAUGGAGUCAAUAAGAUUGGGAAACCAAGGUAUUACAGCUAGUACACCUCCAGCUACCGCUGUUCAUUCUGUAAAUUCAGUGCAGGAUUCAGGUACAUUCAAAGUGCCAGGAGUUAGGUUGCCAGCAGAAAAUAGACAUGUUGGUUCAGUAGGUACUCCUCAGUUGAUUCUCCAGCAAGUGCCCUCAAAUUCCUCACGAAAACCCCCUAAUUUUAUUCUCAAGGCCUCUGAGCCAAAAGCAGGCGAAACACCAAAGUUCAUUCUCAAACCUGCUGAAGGCACAGCCUCAAUGACAGCACAAGGCUUAGCUUCCCCUCAGUUCAUCCUAAAGGCUGUGAAUUCUGGAGAUGCUGGCAAUCCCCAGAUUGGCCGAGCCUCACCACAGACAUCUAACACUUCAACAAUCCUUGCAAGUAGUGGCUCUCCAAACAAUCUACUCCAACAGUCUGAAUCAAACCCAUCAUUGCUUCAGAUGGUAGCUGAUGCAAACAUUGUAGCUGCAGAGACAAGAACUUCUUUUUUGGAAGGAACAUCUGAGUUUUCAUCAAAUUCAGAAAAGUCAAAUUCCAUUUGGGUUGGGCAGAAUAGAGAUAACCAGCAUAACCAGACAAUGCAAAAAAUGGCUAACAGUCAUAGUGGACAGCUAAAGAUUACUGGGCAGGAAUCACAGGAGUUGCGGGAAUUGGUGAAUGGAGACCCUAAGCUUAAGACUUUGGAGAAUCGAUUCAGAGACCACCGUAGUGACCUUGUCAUGCUCCCAGAGAGAGUGCAGGAACACUAUCUUCAAACACAGACAGAUGCAAGAGCAAGUAAAGAACAAAGGAAUCCUCAAGAUAAUAGUCUAUUUAUAUCCCAACAAAGCUCAGUCUCAAAAGCCCAUCUUCAGAAAAUCCAAAGAAGUGAAAAGGACACUGCAGAUCCCGCGCACAUGCCCCAAGAAGGCACUCUUCCUCAGGAUACAAGUCCUAGUCGGAUAGACAUCACUUACCAGCACUCCGUAAACAGCAGCAAUCUAUACUGCCAGAAUGAAAACUCUGAAUUUCCCACCCUGUCUGAGUUCAAUGCCAUGGAUCAGGAUGGAAACUUUAGCCACAGUGACCAGAAUUCUGUCCUUUCUGAUCUUCUGUCUGCUAGUGGCUCUUUCCAUAACUCCUUAGGGCCAACCGAUCCUGGGCACGACUUCACUAAGUCUGGUAGUGCUACAUCAGAUCUCGGUUCCCUCCCCAGUCCUUCCAACAUCGAGCUGGACCUUGAUACCUUUGAGCUCAUGGAGAGCCCGCUUCCAGAACUUGGAGGUGCUCUGCUGACUUCAUCCAGUCCCAAUGCUAGUCUGGACGACUUCAACCAUGGCACCAACCAAGAGCAGCCGGCACCCCUGCAGAACAAUCAUGAUGGAAGGCAACAGGAUUUAGCUGGUGAAGACCAUUCCGGAGAACACCUCUGUGAGAUCACCGACUUCUCACCAGAUUGGUCGUACACUGAGGGUGGAGUGAAGGUCUUAGUGACAGGGCCCUGGCAGUCCACUCAGGAUGUUUAUAGCUGUAUCUUUGACCAGACCAGUGUAGCAGCUGCACUUGUACAGACUGGUGUCCUACGCUGCUAUAGUCCAGCCCAUGAAGCAGGGAAAUGUGCGCUUCAUGUAACCUGUAACGGACUGCUAAUCUCCAAGCCCCUCACGUUUGAAUACAGAGCACGUAGCAACCAGUCGGUCGCGUCGUCACAUGACUGGCUUUCUCUAGAUGGUAAGUGUCCAACCAUUGAUAUCCUCCAGAUGACUCUAGUCUACUGA